CAUGAUGUCCGGAGCGAAUGGCGCACCCCCGGGCCUUGCAAAUGUGCUCACUGUGGAUUCGACUGUUCCGAAGCAGAACGGAACGAGUCAAUCCCGUGGUCACGAUAUGAUGAGCGAGGAAACUAUUCUCUCCCAAAUUAGGUCGUUAAUGACGAUGCGUGAGGCCCAUUAUAUCCAAGAACUGGACAAGUAUGUCCUCUUCCUUCGGAUCUAAUGGGAGGAGGAAAUUAAUCAUGCUAUUAGGAUGAAAGAGGAUCUAGCUGCGUAUCGCAGAGGAUGGAAGAGGGCUGAGGAUGAACGCGAUGAAUUAGCCUCACGCUUAAAGGCUAGCCAAGAGAUAAUAGCACACUUGCGUGCACAGAUGACAGGGGCCAGUGACGUCCAGCAGCACUCGACACAUGGGACGUCUGCUUCAUCAGAACACUCUUUCAACGGGACAAUCUCCAAGACCACUGCUGAUGGACGGGUAUCGCCGACCGUACCACUUUCAAUUUACGGUAAAUCACCGAUCUCACCUUCGACUCCCUCUCGUGAAGUCCAGAGGAACGAUGCGACCAGCCCUCCUGGAUCGUUCAGAAUGCUGCAGCAUGGGAGUGAAAUUCAUAACGUCCUACACGAUGCUAGUCCGAGGACUCUGAAUCCAAAGCUCCUUAUCUCACAGCAGAACCCGAAGGCGUGUAUCUAUUUCUACGUGCUAGGAAGAUGCAGACACGAGUCCAAGUGCAACAAGGCCCACGACUACAUUUUGAAUCCCGCUCAAACAGCAGAACUUCGGGCAUACGCCAAGACUCAGCCCUGCAAAGCCGUCAGAGAUGGCAAAGGUUGUUUGCAUGGUGAAGCUUGCUGCUUUGGACAUAAAUGUCCAAGGUUACAGGAAUGCGCGCGCCUGCAAGAAGGAAAAUGUUGGUUCAAAAGCCCUCUCGCACAUAUCGAAGACUGAACAUGGCCAUCUAUAUUUUGUAUUCUCGCAUGUAAAGCUGAUAAAGAACUGCGUUGUGUGUU